CUCCUCCUUAAAAUGGGAGAAGGGAGGCUCCCACCCUCAGCCUAGACAGGGGCCCAAAUCGUUUGCCCGGGUCCCCGCCAUCUCCUCGCGUCCCCGCAAUUUGCUUUCCCCACCCCGCCCCUCUCGGCAUCCUGCCCCCGCCCAUCCCCCACCCCCCACCCCCCAACCUCCGCCCUCAGCGCCGAGAUCCGAGGCUCCGGAGUAGCUGGCUGAGGGCACCCGUCAAUGUGCCCCGUCCCUCGCCACCCGUUCGCCCACAGCACUUCGCCAGGAUCCCCCUCCCCAGAUCAAACGCCCCCAAGUGCCCGAGGCUGAAGCCGGCUCUUCUUGUUUGGCCUGGGAUGCCUACCACGGGCGGGGGCCGUUGCCGCUGAGUCCGGAGCCCGGCUGCACCCACGUGUCCCAGAGCGCGGCGCCCGGCCAGCGAAAACCUCUUAGAGGCCAGCAACUCCUCAUCUCGAAAGCUUAUUGCAGGCUAGACCCGCACCGGCCCCGGAGCGGCUAGCGAAUCACGAGCCGCAAGUGCGGGUCCUCGGCGCCUCUCCGCAGGGUGCGGGUGCCCGGAGAGCCAGCGAGCGAGCGAGAGCGCGGGGGCAGACAGGGUGGACGCGCGAACAGCGGGAAGGAGGACACCCAGGGGGAGCAAGAGCCAGGUGGCGGUGCAGGCGGCGGGACUGCAGUGCCACCUCUCCGAAGAAAGCCCACAAGCUCACACGCCCGCGCGCACAAGCACGUGCACAUCGUGGGCUGCGAGAACCCGAGCCAGCAAGAGCCUUUUGAGUGCCGGUCGCGUUUCAGCGAUGGCUUCUGCCCUGAACAGCAAAAUUCACGCUCCCGGGAAUUGCCCGGGCUCCAAAGCCGAUGCCCGCGGUGGCGCCGGCUGGAGAAUGGACUGUGAUCCUGAGAUGCACGUGAAAAUGUGCAAGAAGAUCGCCCAGCUCACCAAGGUGAUCUACGCCCUGAACACCCGCCAGGACGAGACCGAGGCGGGCAUGGAGGCACUGCGCGAGGCCCACCAGGAGGAGCUGCAGCAGGCGGUGGCCGAGACCGAGGCCAGGCUCCUGCAGGCGCAGGGCCGCGUGGGCGAAGAGGAGGCCCUGCGGCAGCGCAUCCAGGCACUGGAGAGUGCCCUGGAGCUGCAGAAGCAGCUGACACAGGAGGCACUGGCCCAGUCGGCCUCUUGCAGGCUGGAGACCCAGGAGAGGGAGCUGAGGGUGGAGGCCGAGCACGCCGAGCGGGUGCUCACCCUCUCCAAGGAGAUGCUGGAACUCAAGGCCGACUAUGAGAAGAGGCUCCGGCACCUGAGUGGUCACGAGGCACCCCGGUGGGACCAGCUCACCCAGGAGGGUCCCGAGCCCAAGGCCGAGCCGGGCUGCGGCCCCGAGAUGCGGGAGGUCCUGCUGGAAGUGGAGCGGCUGCGAGCGGAGAACCAGCAGCUGAGCAAGGACUACGCGCGGAAGGCCGAGGAGCUGCAGGCCACGUACGAGCGGGAAAACGAGGCGGUCCGGCAGGCGAUGCAGCAGUCUGUGAGUGAGGCCCUGUGGCAGUGGCAGGAGAAGGAGACCGACCUCCGGAAGAACUUCCAGGCCCAGGAGGCAGCCCUGCAGGCCCAGGUCCGGAAGCUGGAAGGGGAUCUGGAGCACAGAGGCCGCAAGAUUAGUGACCUGAAGAAGUAUGCCCAAAAGCUGAAGGACCGCAUUCAGGACCUGGAUGUGCAGCUCAAGGAGGCUCGACAGGAGAAUUCAGAGUUGAAAAGCACGGCAAAAAAACUUGGGGAGAAGCUGGCCAUUGCCAAAGAUAAGCUGAUGUUGCAGGAGUGUCAUGUGACACAGAAAACCGGUGACAUGAAGACAGAGAGAGUUUCAGAGAAUGAAGUCCUAAGGAAAGAGAAUAAUUUGGAAGCCUGCAGUCUCCAUCCUCAGCAGGACCAGAACUUUGCCAAGGAAUGUCCCUGCAGAAAAGGAGGCACAGAUACACAGACCAAGAAAGAAGCAUGCAUUGAGACGGAAUAUAUGAAGCAAAAAUAUGAAGAAGACCUUCGCAAAAUCAAACAUCAGACAGAAGAGGAGAAGAAACAUCUCAAAGACCAGCUGAUGAAGCGCCUAGAAGACUUGGUGAAGAAGCACACGGUGGAAAUCAAGUCAGUUCGCUCAUCGGUGGAAGCUGAAAGGAAGAGGCUCCAGAAGGAAGUAGAAGCACAAUUGGAAGAAGUGAAGAAGAAAUCAGAAAAUGAAAUAAAGCAGCUAGAAGAAGAGAAAGCAGCCCUAAGUGUGAAGCUCCAGAAUUCACUGCUAGAAGUUUUAAGGCUGGAAGAAUUUAUCCAACAGAAUAAGGCAUGUCCCCCAAGAGGCGAUGAAAAGCCCCAGGAAUUGGACUACCAGCACUGCAACAUUUUAGAGACCCAGGAUCCAUGCUUGAGACCGAAUGAACCUUCUCAGACGCUGCCCAGAGGAGAGGAAUAUCAAGAUAAGUUAGUGGCUGAAGAAGGAACCAGCAGCGACGAAGAGGAAAGGAUCGAAGCACCCAUCAAGGAGGGAGGUGACCUGCAGCCUCCAUUGGGCUCUUUGCCAAAGGAGAAGGCACCAGAAAUCCAGCGUCUGCAGGAGGAGUGGCAGAGCCAGAAGGCCAGAUUGCAAGCCCAGGUCUCACAGAUGCAGCAGGCCCUGGAGCAGUGUGCCACAAACUACAGGGAGGACCUGCGGGAGCUCAAGCAGCUUUCGGACCACGAGCGGGAGCAGCUGCGGCAUGAGCUCCAGGAGACCAUACAGCAGAAUCAGGCAGCGAAAGCCCAGCUUGAGGCUGCCCACAAGCGAGCUCUCUGCAUGCUUGAGAAGGCUAAAAACCAGGAAGUCAAGGCCACAGAAGAACGCUUGAAGAAGGAAUCCAGCCACAGCCUCCAGAUCCAGCACCAGGCGCACUGGCUGGAGAUGCAGGCCUUGGAGGAAAAGGCCCGGCAAGAGCUCCAAGGGGAGUUGGAGAGGAUGCAGGCUCAGCAGGCACUGCUGUUAGAGUCCCUGAGGCAGGAGCUGGCAGAGCAGCGGGCUGCCUGCUCUGAGCACCAGAAGGACCUGGAGGUGCUGCAGACUGAGCUGAGGGCCCUGGACAGCAUGGGCAGACGGCAGGCCAUCACACAGUGUCCAGGGGACAGCGAGGACCAUGCUGGGACUUCAGAGAAGGAGGGCGGCCCGGGCCAGGCGGGCUCCCCCAAAGGCAAGAGCGCAGCGGAGCUCCAGCCCAGCGAGGGAUGCAGCCUCCGGGAGGAGAACUCGCAGCUCAAGGAGGCAGUGAAGCGGCUGCAGGCCGAGGUGGAACAGCACCAGCAGGAGGCGCUGCAGCUCCGCGACCAGCGCAGGCUGCUGGAGGAGGAUCAGCAAGCCCAGCGAGCCCGGGAGGUGGAGAUGCUGCGCCAGGAACACCGGAAGGAGAUGCAGGCCAUGGUGGCUGAUUUCAGCAGUGCUCAAGCCCGGCUCCAGGCCCAGCUGGCUGCCCUGGAAACCGAACUGAAAGAUUCCGGAGAGAAGCCAGGGAAGAGGGCAUCCAGGCCGGAGGACGUUCAGCUCAUAGGCCGUCUGCAGACCCGCUUGAAGGAGAGGGAGGAGAUCAUCAAGCAGCUCACGGAGGAGAGAAGAUUUCACUAUGCAGCGCUCCCCAGCGCAAUGUCCCAUCGGAAUCGAUCCUUCUCUUUCAAUCCUCACCCAGGGUAUUUGACCCCUUCCAUGAAGAAAAAGAAGAUGGAGGAAGUGCCCAGCCGCGUGGUCAGUGUGCCAAACCUCGCUUCCUAUGCUAAGAACUUUCUGAGUGGUGACCUGAGCUCCAGGAUCAAUGCCCCUCCGAUAACUAAGUCACCCAGCUUGGACCCAGGCCCCAGCUGUGGCCGGCCCUACAAACCCACGCCAUCUCUAGAUGUGCAAACUGCCACAAGGACACAAGAUGAUGAUACAGCCCAACCCAAAGAAGUCCAACAGAAGCAAGGUUCAGCACACCAGGAAUGGUUUACCAAAUAUUUUUCUUUCUAAACUGAUCCUUGGGAUAGCAGAAAGAGGAUAUUUGAAAAACAUUUCUUUUGAAACACCUGACUGAAGGAAUGAACUAAAAAGCCAACCAACCAAAUAACUUGCUUGUAAUAUGAUUUACAUAUAUAGCUAAAACAAAUUCUUACAUUAACAUUUCAUACUAUUUCAUUGUGAUGAUAAGAUGAAACAAGCCAGUGUUGUCAGAAAGCACCCAGAGGGAAAUAUUAUUAAUGUUACUGAUGACCUGUACAUGAUAUUUCUAGUGUCCAUAAGAUUGCACACCACCUUGUGGAAUAUCAGACUUUGUCAUUUCCAUGGUCUACUUUGAAAGUGGUUUCAUUUUUCCUAGGAUCUUCACUUUAAAGUGUUUCUAUGUAAAUAACUCCAAAAUGCACACGUAACCUCAAUAGGAAGGGGAAUAAAACAAAGCUCAGAAUAACCAGGAAAGCCAGUUUUUAAAAACCAAACCAAACUACUAGUAAUGGACUAUAGCAGACAUUGGCAUAGUUGGAGCAAAUAUUUUGACUUCCUAGGUCCAGGAUAUGAAGAUUACAGAGGGUGUAACACCUACCUCAAAGGGGCUUUUUGAGGUUUAAACAAAAUAUGGGUAAUAAUUCUAAUCAUGAAUUGUAAUUAAGCUUUGCCAGGAUUUUUCUGUGAAUAACGGAGCCUGACCCUGUCAUACAUCUCAACCUCAACGACUGUGGCAUCAGCUUGAUUGUGACUGUUUCUAGAAGUUCUUUGAAGUCUGUUCUUUGAAGUCAAAGACCUACUGAACCUCUAGUCUUGCCUCAUGGUGUGUUGCUUCCCCAUCGCAUGGAUGCUCAGUAGAUUAAAGGGAACUGGGAAUGGCCGUUCAGUGCUGACCUUGCUGUCAGUCCAUGCUGAGUUGUCUGAUCCUCUGAUUGAGCACUGCAAUUUUACAAACUCAAUACAACUUUCAGUGGGAAAAAUAUAUCCUCAAUCCUUUGGUGCUGGCCCAGCAGGUGGCCUAUAAACAGUUGUCUAUUCCAUGCACUGUCAAAUCUUUGCUCUUUGAAUAAAACUUUAAACAACUGGGCAAUAAAAAUGGUUGUGACUUGUACUGAUUUUUCAGAGGUGAAAUUAUACAAAGGCUGAACUUGGAAACAGGGAGUUCACAUUAACCUCAGUCAGAUCAUCUCCAAUAAAAUGUAGCUGCUCAUGCACUUGGGUCAUUUUGAAAGAAAUGCAAUUACAACUCAGAUUCACAAUUUGAAAGUAAAUUUACUACCUAAUUAAAACAUGUAGCCCAAUAACAUACUUUUUUUAAAUGCAAAUACUUGUUUCCGUCUGUGUAACAUGUCCUGUUACUUUUCAGUAUCAAGUAUUUUUUAGUUUUAUUUCAUGCUUAGAGUGAACAUUAUAGAAUAGUGUUUUGUGUUUUAAAAAGAGUACAUACAGGUAGUUCUAUUUUUGUUGAAAUAUUUUCCCAUGAUGACUAACAAAGGAGGCUAUUUAAUUCAGCACAACACAUGCUACAGAGAUAGAAUUUUAUUGAGUCCCCACAUCAGUUUUAACUCCUCGUUGCAUGUGACUAAAAGAUCAUACUAAA